AUGGGAAACUCUUCAGAAUUCCAGAAAGCAGUGAAGUUGGUGAUUGACACAGUCUCAUUUGAUAAAGACUCAACAGUCCAAGUUUUUGAGGCCACAAUCAGGGUUUUGGGAAGCCUGCUUUCUGCCCACAUAAUAAUUACAGAUUCCAAACAGCCUUUUGGUGAUAUGACCAUUAAGGAUUAUGACAAUGAACUGUUGCAUAUGGCUCGUGACCUGGCAGUGAGAUUACUUCCAGCCUUUGAGAACACCAAAACUGGAAUUCCAUAUCCUCGGGUCAAUCUGAAGAAGGGAGUACCUCCAGACAGCAAUAAUGAAACUUGUACCGCAGGAGCUGGUUCCUUGCUGGUGGAGUUUGGCAUCCUUAGCAGGCUGCUUGGCGAUUCCACGUUUGAAUGGGUGGCCAGGAGAGCUGUCAAAGCACUCUGGAGUCUCAGGAGCAAUAACACCGGGCUGCUAGGAAAUGUUGUGAAUAUUCAAACUGGUCAUUGGGUUGGCAAGCAGAGUGGCCUGGGAGCAGGGCUGGAUUCAUUCUAUGAGUACCUCCUGAAGUCUUACAUCCUCUUUGGAGAAAAGGAAGACCUGGAGAUGUUCAAUGAUGCUUAUCGUAACAUUCAGAACCACUUACGAAGAGGUCGAGAAGCUUGCAACGAAGGUGAAGGUGACCCUCCUCUGUAUGUUAACGUGAACAUGUUCACUGGACAGCUGAUGAACACGUGGAUUGACUCUUUGCAGGCCUUUUUUCCUGGACUACAGGUGUUGAUAGGAGAUGUGGAAGAUGCUAUUUGUCUCCAUGCUUUUUAUUAUGCCAUAUGGAAACGAUACGGAGCUCUCCCAGAAAGAUACAACUGGCAAUUGCAAGCACCAGAUGUUCCCUUCUAUCCACUGAGGCCAGAGUUAGUGGAGUCCACAUAUCUUCUUUAUCAGGCCACGAAGAACCCGUUUUACCUUCAUGUUGGAAUGGAUAUUCUGCAGAGCUUGGAAAAAUAUACAAAAGCAAAGUGUGGCUAUGCCACGUUGCACCACGUCGUAGAGAAGACGAAGGAAGAUCGAAUGGAGAGCUUUUUUCUCAGUGAAACAUGUAAAUAUUUGUACCUGCUGUUUGAUGAAGAGAAUCCACUGCAUAAAUCUGGAAAUAAGUAUAUGUUUACUACUGAGGGACACGUUGUCUCUGUGGAUGAACGUUUUCGGAACUCGCUGUGGCAAGACAUCCUCCCUGGAGAAGAGGACAGCGCAGAAAAAAAUAAACCCAGUGAAUUAAAGGCAGUCAACUUCAGUUCUAAUUGUAACAGAGUUCCUGAUGAGAGGAGAUACUUGCUGCCCUUGAAGAGUAACUACAUGAGACAGAUUGAUCGAAUGGUGGGCUUGGUCUGAAUGGUUCUUCAGAGUAACUUCUGUCACACCUCAGGAGGAGCACGGGAUUUGGCUGUAGACAUUCCUCUCCUCUUCAGCUACACACCUGCAUAUGCUGAGUCACUUGGGUAUCCCCCACGCUUCUUAGUUUUUAAUUAUGGACAAGAAGGGAGAUGGAGUUCUGUUACGAGUUCCAUCUUCUGAACUGUGGUAACUCCACCUGAAUAGAGAUUUCUUGUUUUAAGACUUCCUAUGAAAAAUGUUGUUACAAAUGAAGGCUGAAUAUAGUU